AUGCAACAAUCACCAAACCUGAAGAGAUACCUAGUCGACAACGAGAAAGACGAUUCGACAGAUACAACAGCAAAGAGAGCAAAAGCAAGCUCCGGCAAUAAUGGGGCCCAAGAAUGCAAUGCCAAACGGCAGUUAGCAAACGAUGCAUAUACAGUGGGAUGGAUAUGUGUGCUUCGUUCAGAGUUGAAUGCAGCAAGAGCAUUGCUAGAUGAAGAGCAUGAAACGUGCCCAACGGCCGAAAGCGACGAGAACCACUAUUUCCUCGGUCGAAUGGGAGCACACAACGUCGCAAUCGCAUUUAUUGGAUCGGGUACUUGCGGAACAAAUGCUGCCGCCAUUACGGCCAUGCGCAUGGUUGAGAGUUUUGGCAACAUUCGAUUCGGGUUAAUGGUCGGAGUGGGCGGAGGAGCUCCAAAACGGCCUCAUCUAGACGACCCAUGGAAAGACAUCCGUCUUGGGGAUGUUGUUGUUAGUACUGCCAGGGGAGGUCACGGUGGCGUUGUUCAAUAUGACAUGGGCAAGUUUAAAAACAACGAAUUUUCGAUCGAGUCACAUUUGAACAAGCCCCCCACGGUGUUAUCUACAGCCGUCCAACUCUUACAAUCCGAUCACGACUUUGGAGAGGGGAAAAUGACGCAAUACAUUGCCGAAGUUGCUCUCAUGUCGACAAAGAAGAAUACCUUGAGAGAUUACCGGUUUCCAGGCGGGGAUAAGGACCAGCUGUUCAGGUCGGAUUAUCCUCAUUCUGGCGGGGAGAACUGUUCAACUUGUGAUGCGACACAGGUGGAGAAGCGACUUGAUCGAGAGUCUGACAAUCCUGCUAUUCAUUACGGACUUAUCGCCUCCGGCAAUGCGGUCAUGAAAUCUGCCCAGCUUCGUGAUAAGUUGCGAGACGAGUGGGAUGUUCUGUGCUUCGAGAUGGAAGCUGCGGGCUUAAUGGAUAGCUUCCCUUGUAUCGUCAUCAGAGGGAUCUGCGACUACUCCGACGAUCACAAACACAAGAUUUGGCAGCCCUAUGCUGCGGUUGUGGCAGCAUCAUAUGCGAAGGAUCUCCUAAGGGUUCUAAAGCCAAGGCAAGUCAAAAAUAUCGGACCAGCGGCGAGAAUGAUCAAACAGUUACAGGAGAUACGACAGGAUGUAUCGGAGGUGCGCGAAGGAGUUCAAGAUCUUGUGGAAGAUAAGAAACUUGAGGCACGAAAUGAGAUCCUUGACUGGCUCACACCUAUCAAUUACGGGCCCCAGCAGAGUGACUACUUGCAGAAAAGACAACCUGGAACUUGCACAUGGAUCCUCAACACGGAAGAGUUCCAAAGGUGGCUUAAAUCAAGUCAAAUGACUUUAUUCUGCCACGGAAUUCCCGGCGCUGGGAAGACAAUUCUUACGUCUGUUAUUGUCGACGAGCUCACUAAAAGAUUUUCUAAAGAUACGAGCACCGGUAUUGCAUAUAUCUACUGUAACUUUCGAGAGCAAGGGAAGCAAAAUAUCCAUAACUUAGUAGCGAGUUUAUUAAAGCAGCUAACGGGAAGCCAGUCUUCCGUGCUGGAGAGUCUUAAAAUGAUUUAUAAUAACCAUAGGCCAAAUGGAACGCGGCCGCCAGUCGGAGAUAUACGAAGACUUCUCCAAUCUGCCGCCUCAGCCUAUUCAAGGAUCUUCAUCAUUGUCGACGCUCUUGACGAAUGCCAAGAGUCCAGAGGCUUCCGGACAGACUUUCUAUUAGAGCUCUUCAAUUUCCAAUCUCAAACUGGAGCAAAUCUCUUUGCAACUUCAAGGCCGAUUCAGGAGAUUACAGACAAGUUUACAGGGGGCUUGUCACUUGAAAUCCGUGCUUUAGAUGAGGACGUGCAAACAUACCUGAAUGGUCAGAUGCACAGGUUACCCCUUGUCGAAAACAAACCUCAUUUGCAAGCCAAAAUCAAGAUCAAAAUAGCUGCGGCCAUCCACGGAAUGUUCCUUCUUGCCCCGUUACAUAUAGAGGCUUUAACCAGGGAGCCAACAAUCGGGCAUAUUGAGUCGACAUUACAGAACUUGCCCAGAGAAUUGGAUGAAAUAUACAAGCAGGCCGUGACAAGAGUCCAAAGCCAAGGGGGAAAUAUUUCAGUCCUGGCAGAACAAAUUCUAUGCUGGGUCGUUCACGCAAGAAGGGUGCUUUCUGUAGUCGAACUCCAACAUGCACUCGCAAUCCAGCUUGGAAAGCUGGAGCUGGAUGAGAAGUUCAUUCCCAGCGCAGAGGUGAUUGGCUCGGUCUGCGCAGGUUUGGUCACCAUCGACAAAGACAGUGAUGCCGUCCGACUGGUACAUUACACGGCCCAGGCCUACUUUGAGAGAUCAUGGGCAGAGUUCUUUCAAGACGCUCAUACCAACCUUACAAAACUUUGCCUUACCUAUGUCUCAUUUAGUGUCUUCGAUAGUGGAUUCUGCGAAACUAACGAAGAAUAUAAACGGCGGCUACAGACCAACCGGUUUUAUGACUACGCCGCACGAAAUUGGGGAUACCAUUCUUACGGUGCCUUGAGUGAUGUGGAAGGACUAAUCCUGCCAUUUCUUGAGAGUGAUGGCAAAAGGUCCAGUGCUGCCCAGGUGAUAAUGCCGGACGAAGACGACUAUUGCUUCCGCGAUUGUCUCUGGGAGCCAACUGAGAUGACGGGAUUGCACCUUGCGGCAUAUUUCGGACUACCAACGUCAAUAAUAGCCUUACUCGAGAACGGGCACAGACAUGAGGCAGAUGCCACGGAUAGCCACGGGCGGACCCCCCUGUGGUUGGCAGCAAAGGAGGGUCACGACAAGGUGGCCGGUCUGCUUCUUGAGAACGGGGUUAGCCUCAAUCCCAUCGACUACUAUGAAAGAACGCCGUUGUGGUUGGCGGUGAAAAAGGGGCACGAGGUGGUUGUCGAGCUGCUGUUGGGGAACGGCGCCGACGCAGACCUGAGGCCAACUGGAUGUUUCGAUAAUGGAGUCACGCCGCUGCACCUGGCGGCAGAGAAAGGGUCCGAUACAAUAGUCAGGUUACUAUUAAAGAGCGGCGCUGACCAAAACGCCAAAGAUUACGAUGGCCGAACACCACUGUGGUUUGCGAUAGCAGAGGAACACUAUGCGGUGGCCGGACUGCUACUAGCCGAGCUGCUGCCAAAGAACGGCGCGAAUCCAGACCCCGGGCUAACUGCAUAUUUUAAAAGGGGAAUUUCGCCGCUACAACUAGCGGUAGAGGAAGGCUCCGAUACAAUAGUCAGGCUACUACUGAAGAGUGGCGUCGACCCAAACGUUAAAGACUGUCAUGGCCGAACACUGCUAUGGCUUGCGGUAGAAGAGAAGCAUUACGAGGUAGCUAAGCUACUGCUAGAGAACGGCGCGGAUGUAGAGCCUAGAGAGUAUGGGGGACGAACACUACCAUGGCAAGCCAUGGAAAAGGAGCACUACGACAUGGUCAAGCUACUGCUCGAGAACGUCGCGGAUCCAGAUUUUAAAAACUAUCAGGGCCGAACACCACUAUCGCUCGCGGCAGAGAGAGGCUACGAUACAGUGGUCAAGCUACUGCUCGAGAACGGCGCGGAUCCAGACUCUAAGAAUUAUCAGGGGCGAACACCUCUAUGGCUUGCAGCAGAGAAUGGCCACGAUGCAGUGGUCAAACUGCUGCUUGGUCAUGGCGCCGACAUCAAAACAAAGGAUACCCACGGCCAGACGCCGCUUAUAUGUGCCGUUCUAUAUGGUCACGAGUCGAUGAUUAAGCUGCUUCUUGACAAUGGCGCCGAUAUUGAAGCAAAGAAUACCUUUGGCCUGACGCCGCUCAUAUGUGCUGUUAGACACGGUUAUGAGUCUAUAGUUGAGCUGCUGCUUGAUCAUGGCGCCGACAUUAAAGUAAAGGAUACUUUCGGCCAGGCGCUGCAUACAUGUGCUAUUAGAUAUGGGCACGAGUCUAUGGUCAAGCUGCUACUUGAUAACGGCACCGGCAUGGAAGCAAAGAAUACCUACGGCUAG